AUGUCCAAGAGGCAUCGUUCUAUGGGCAUCAAGCUGUUGUCGACAUGUCACUCAAGAACGGAGCUGAUGUCAAUUUCCAAGGCGAAGGGAAUAGCACAGCGCUUCAAAUGGCUGCGCGAGAAGGUCAUGGAGAAACUCUUUGCAUUGCUACUCGAUCAUGGGGCCGAUGUCAUCAUCAAAGGGGAACUUUAUGGCACUGCCCUCGAUGCGGCAACUGAACAAGGCCACAUGGAGAUUAUGCAAAUACUAGCUAAGAAGAAUGCCGAUGUUUGA